AAAGCUUUAAAUAAAGAGACAAACCAAACCCUCUCUCUAUUUUCACUCUCCACACCUCAAAUGUCUCAAGGUCUAUGCUACCGGGACGCCGCCACCGUCCCCUAUUCCGGUGGUGACGGUCACCUCGAAAUGUUCGAUCCCUUGCCAUACAUGAGCUUCACCGAGAUCUUGCAUGGGCCCACCAAUGACAAUCCCCUCUCCGCCACCUAUGGCCCCUCCAAAGAGGAGGAGAAGGCGGCCGGUGGAAGAGAAACCCCGGCCACACCCAACUCUUCCAUCUCCUCCUCCUCCGACUCUAGUAAGAGUAAGAAAGAGAAGGAAUCCUCCAUUGUUAAACAUCAAGAAAACUCCAAGAAAGAGGUUAGCAAAGGGAAGAAAAAAGGAGAGCAAAAGGAAAGGCAGCCAAGAUUUGCUUUCAUGACAAAGAGUGAAGUUGAUCAUUUAGAAGAUGGAUAUAAAUGGAGAAAAUAUGGGCAGAAGGCUGUCAAAAACAGCCCUUAUCCAAGAAGCUACUAUAGGUGCACGACGCAGAAAUGCAAUGUGAAAAAACGUGUGGAGAGAUCGUUCCAAGACCCUUCAAUCGUGAUCACCACGUAUGAGGGGCAGCACAACCACCACAUUCCGGCAACCCUCCGCGGAUUAUUCGGGCCAUAUACGACGUUGGUGGGCCCUGCCCUUCCUCCAGAACUCUUGCUCCAAAUGCCUCACCUCUAUGGUGGGACUAGCUUUAAUUUGUAUAAUCAUCAGCUCCAGCUGCAACAAUUUCACGAAUAUGGACUCUUGCAAGAUAUUAUUCCUCAUAGUAAUAUUUCCCAAAAGGGAGCCCUAGGAAAUUUCUAUAAUUAAUAUGCUUUAUUUCAUAUCUUUGUAUACGCGUUUCAACACUCGCGGCCGGGCAUGAUUAGUUAGUACCAAUC